AGGGUCACCUGGCAUCGCGCUUCCAACAUGGCGGUGAAUCUGGCAGACCUCUCCCUACCUCAGUUAGAGGGACUGAAAAACCAACUAGACCAGGAGAUUGAGUUCUUGACAUCUUCAAUAGGUCAGCUCAAAGUUGUCCAGACCAAGUAUGUCGAAGCAAAAGAUAGUUUGAAUGUUCUAAACAAAAACAAUAAAGGAAAAGAAUUGCUCGUGCCUCUCACCAGUUCUAUGUAUGUCCCUGGAACAUUAAAUGACGUGGAGCAUGUUUUAGUGGAUGUGGGGACAGGAUAUUAUGUUGAGAAGAACGUGGAAGACUCGAAGGCAUUCUUCAAGCGCAAAAUAGACUUCCUCACAAAGCAGAUAGAAAAAAUUCAGCCAGCCCUUCAGGAAAAACAUGCCAUGAAACAAGCUGUAAUUGAAGUAAUGAGCAUGAAGAUCCAGCAACUACAACAGAGCCAACAGACAUCACAGAUGGCUGGGACCACCAAGGCUUAAUAAGAACACCUGUUCUUCAUUAUUGGGGGGAAUUUUUAUGUUUGUGUGCAAAAAGAAAAAGAAAAUGCCCUUCAUUAACCCAGUGAAGUAAUGUUGAAUACUGAAGAAUAAAAAAUUAAAUGUUUUUGUUUCUAUCUGAAGUGCACAAACCUGGUCACCAGUAAAGUAAAAUAGGUUAUUGUCACGGUAAAGCAAUCACAUGUACUUGGUCAAUUUUAGAAUAAUUUAAUUGGGUUUGCAUAAUUAAAAAGGUCACUGUG